GGUGGGGCUCAGUCAGGCAGCGGCAUCUCGCAGAGCUCCGUGGGUAUCUGGGUGCGCGGCGAUGGCUGGGCCCGGGGCGUGGGGCCGGCUCCACUUACUGCUCCUCAGCGUCAGCUCCUGGUCCUUGAUAUCAGCCCAGGUGAUGGACACACAAACCAUUCAAGUUCAUGAGAAUGACUCAAUUGAUAUACCCUGUACUGCGUACGUAUCGCAAAGCGGAACAUCCAGGGUCGAGUGGAAGUUUGAAAAGGGCUCUUCAAUAGUGCUGUUCUACUACAAUUCGAAAUUCACAGACCCCUACAAAGACCGUGCUCAGGUCACAGCCACGGGGAUUCGUUUCACUUCGGUGACUCAGAAGGACACGGGGAAGUACAUCUGCGAGGUCCUCUGGUCCGGGAACGGGGACAGUUACCAACUAAGAAAGUCAGAAGUUGACCUCAUCGUCCAAGAUGGCUCUCCACCUCCUACCUGCCAAUGCUACAGGUACGACGUCCUUAUGACCUCCAACCCCAAGAUCAACGAGAAAUUCAGGAACUCCUGCUACGCGAUCGACACCAAGACAGGAGUGCUGAUGAAUGAGCCCGUAACCAGCUUCAACACGGGGAAUUAUUUUUGCGAGGCUCAGAACAACGUUGGGACCACUCAGAAAUUGGAAGCCAUCCACUUGGACGCCAGAAACGUCAUUUCCCACAAGGACAUGAAAGUGCUGGUCGACAGCAGGAAUGCUCGGAUUAUCGACGUGCGGUUGCCGGAGGAGGUGGCAAAUGGCCAUAUCGCCAGCUCGGUCAAUAUUCCAGUGUCAGAAGUCGAGGAAGCCCUGAAGAUGGACCCUGAGGCGUUUAAGAUGAAAUAUGGCAUGGACAAGCCACGGAUGGAUGAUGAGAACUUGAUCUUCUACUGCCAGAGGGGGAGGAGAGCGGCUCAGGCCACAAAGAUCGCCAUAACCCUCGGCUAUGCCAAGGCUCGUAACUACGAAGGCAGCUACAAGGAAUGGUCUGAGAAGGAAGGGAAGUGAAGUGGGAACGACUCCACGAGGGCUGGUGUCUGUCCCUCCACACCCAGCAGCUGGCUUUUCCCUGAAGAUUCUUCCUUUGCUUCCUUGCUGCAACGUCGUCCCAUUGCUGCUGAUGCCUAAUGCUGGGAUGGGAACGCUCUGGGCCCUGGUGGGCUCUUGGCUAACGCACUUGUCUGAGAAGCUGUCACUCUACUUUCUGCCUCACCUUCCAGCCCAGUGUCUCACCUGCUCCAAAUGUAGUCACUCCCCCUGUCCCUGAUAGCAGCUGGGGGGUUCAGGUACUUUAUUCGGGGUGGGGAGAUAUCUGCACCCCCCCAUUGACUCCAUCUCCCUCACCUCCCCUGGGAAUCUGGGACCCCAUCCAUUUGCUCUUCAGCUCUCAAGGAGGUAGAUUUGAUGGUCAUUUUGCUACCCCACCUCAUUCUCCAGCUGAAUCUGCCACUUCCAGCUGUAGCCUGCUAUUUCUAUAACAUAUUGGGUGCCCCUCAGCUACCUCUGCACGGGGGAUUUUCUCUGCAGCCACUCCUGGAAAAGAGAGCUCUCUAGCAUUUCCUCCGAUGUAGUACAUGGCUCUGAUAAGGGGUGGGACGUAUGUGAAGGAUGGAAGAAUCCCAGGCACUGCUACAGGCUGGGGACUGACUGGCUAAGCAGCAGUUCUGCAGAAAAGGAUCUGGGGAUUACAGUGGAUGAGAAGCUGGAUAUGAGUCAGCAGUGUGCCCUUGUUGCGAAGAAGGCCGACAGCAUAUUGGGCUGUAUUAGUAGAAGCACUGUCAGCAGCUCGAGGGAAGUGAUUAUUCCCCUCUAUUCGGCACGGGUGAGGCCACACCUGGAAUAUUGCGUCCAGUUUGGGUCCAUCCGUCAUCUUCUUUUCCCUCCCCCUCCCCCCCGCCCCGAGGGGAUGUGGACAAAUUGGAGAGAGUCCAGCAGAGGGCAAUGAAAAUGAUUAGGGGGGUGGGGCACAUGACUUACGAGGAGAGGCUGAGGGAACGGGUUAUUUAGUCUGCAGAAGAGAAGAGUGAGGGGGGGAUUUGAUGAUAGCCUUCAACUACCUCAAGGGGGGUUCCAAAGAGGGUGGAGCUCGGCUGUUCUCAGUGGUGGCAGAUGACAGAACAAGGAGCAAUGGUCUCAAGUUGCUGGCGGGGGGCAGGGUCUAGGUUGGAUAUUAGGAAACACUAUUUCACUAGGGGUGGUGGUGAAGCACUGUAAUGGGUUACUUAAGAAGGUGGUGGAAUCUCCAUCCUUAAAGGUUUUUAAGGCCCAGCUUGACAAAUCCUUGGCUGGGAUGAUUUAGUUGGUGUUGGUCGUGCUUUGAGCAGGGGGUUGGACUAGAUGUCCUCCUGAGGUCUCUUCCAACCCUCAUAUUCUAUGAUUGUAUGAUGGCAACAAGACAACAGUGGAAAUUGCUCAGGGUUAGCCAGGUUUUAUAUUAUAUUAAAGUCUUUGUACGGAUCUGUUUCUCAGCUUCUUCACAUGGGUGAGCCCUUAUUCACAUUAAAAAAAUUGCACAACCUC